AGAACGGGCAUAUGGUGCAUGUGAAGAAUGGACGGUGAAAUCCAAUGGACGUUACAAGAUCAGUGCACAUUUGGAUGUGAUUGGAUGUAGAGAGGACAAAAGUUGGUUUGUACUCAACGAUUCCACUAUUCAAACAAAUCGCCUGAUGACAUGGAUUCCAUUGCCUGCCGAUUGUGCCGCUGUGGAGGAUCUCUCAAUAUUCAAUUCACCGAAGAGUGUACUGAUGGAACUACUAUGUUCGUUGCAGCAUCCCUACGUUUAUCCCGUGCUCGAUUUGGGCAUUUUCUUUUCGAGUCCGUCGCACUGCGCGUGCCUGGUUAUGCCGAUUAAUUCCAGAGGCAGUCUUAAGGACUUUAUCUAUAAAUCGAUACAUUGGAAUGAGCCAUUUCGGCGAAAAUAUUCCAAGCCAUCAACAUGUCUAACAUUGGUACAGGUUCAAAGAUUCGGUCGACAAAUUUUGGAGGCGUUAAGAUUUCUGCGAGAUCGCGGUAUCUUAUCGCACGGUCAUGUUCACAGCGGCAACGUGAUUCUUCAGAAUGGCGUUGCCCGGCUAUCGGGAUUGGAAAAUGGUCUACUUGGGCUGGACUCAAAAGUGAAUGCGGUUGUAUCGGCAAAGAGUGUAGCUGAGGCUCAGCAUAGGGAUGUUAUUUGCUUUGGACAUUUACUUUUUGAAAUGUGCACCGGAUAUGAAUUGCUGACUCCUCGCCCGACCACUGCUAACUUAAAUGUAGAUUUAGAGCGACAUCCAAAGGUCGUUGAAGUUCUUCAAGCGAUUUUCGAAUGUAACAAUCGAUAUCCAACCAUUGACGACCUUGCACGCCUUGACUUAUUCCGGACUGUUGAAUUACGUGAAAUGAGAGGAGCGACGACUUCGUCGCUAAAGCCUGAUCUUAGCCCAUCCACAUCAAAUCUACUGAACGCGGUUCGUCGAAGGCAAGUCACUCAAUUAACUCGAUCGUAUAGAUCAGUCGACGAACCGCAUUACGUCGAGUUAGACGAUACAAAUAGUGAAUUAUACUCUGCAAUCAAUGGUUCCUGCAGUGAUCUGUCAUACACUGGAUGCUUAGAGGGUCAUAUAACCGUGACAAAAGAGCAGUACGAGCUGUAUCGCGAUAUGGGCACAACAUUUCAGCUUUGCAAGAUAUGCACGGAAAAUGACAAAGACAUUCGACUCGAACCGUGUGGACAUUUGUUAUGCAUUCAGUGCUUGACGAAGUGGCAAAUUGACUCAGCUGGAUUCGGUUGCCCGUUCUGUCGAGCUGAAAUUAGGGGAACCGAGCAAAUUGUAGUAAUUGACCGCGAGCCUCUUUGAAUAAAAGUUUAGUCCAUUUUGUUGUUAAAAAAAAAACCAGAAUCAUUGUCGGG